GGGGUACCCCAUUUUGCCCCCUCCUCUUUGAACCAUUGAAAUGCCUGAUGAAAUAAAAAAUAAUCCAGCAUAUGUUUGAAUUUAACAAAUUUAUAAUUUUAGUGUCUUUGUUUCCUUUACUUAAAAGUUAUCGCUCGGAAUGCAACAGAUACUUGGCCAUACGGGAGAAAGUUAAACGUGUAAUGAACGUGAUGCCGAAACAUGAGUGAACACACAUUAUUAUUGCGUUCACCUAUCAAUCGUCCUUCGCCUGUGCAACUGGCAAAUACUUAUUCUCACUUUCCUCGACAUUUAUAUCCCUGAGUUUUGACAAGUACUCAUUUUACAUAAGUCGUCAAUUCGAAGGCUUGAAAAAGUUCCAACAAAUAAAUUUAAUCCACUUGACAUUAGAAAAUAAAAUAACUAUAAUCAGUUGAAAUAAAAUUCACCUAAAUUUAGUCAAAAGUAUGAGAUUAUUUCCGUGCCUGUAAUAUUAUAACUACAAGCGAGUAACUUCCGGUCUUGCGUUAAGUGGCCUAUUUUCAUUAUCUCAACAGUAUUCUAAGCUUGAAUUAUGGAAUAGCGUUUUUACCAGCAUAAGUGCUAGUAUAUGAUAAUAAAAGUGAGUGAAUAAUGUAAUGUGAUAUAAAAAAUAUAUAAGUGGUUCAUAAAAUGGGGAAAAAUAAAAAAAAAUUUAUUAUUUAUAAAACAAUUUACAAUAAAAGGAAGAUAACGAUGAAUUAUUACAUGCUAAAAAUAACAAUAAUUUAAAAAAGUUACGAGAAGAUUACGAGGAAUAUUGCAAGAUAUGGAUGUAGAAUUAGUUACCAGAACAUCACUUAGCUCCCUCAACAAAAUAGACGAUGGAAGAAUUGUAUCACCAAAUAGUCUUGAUGAAUGGACAUGGUCUAGUCUCAGGAAGCAGUUUCAGUACAAAAACCUUGAGAAAUUAUACUCAAUUUAUCAAAGAAGAUUACAAAAUGGUUAUUUGUCACUUUUCGGGUUGGUCCAACUGGUACUUGGAAUUGCACAUUGCACUUUUUUAAUAAUGAUGGUGGGGCUGAAGGAGUCCUUGCCUGACAUAAUGACGUGGAGUGUAAUGGGAGCCUUUUUAUGUCCAGUGAUAGCAUUGUCCUUUAGAUCAAAACUUAUCACCCGAGAAACUUAUCUUCCUGUUGUAUUGUCUUGUGUUAUCAUCGUGGUUCUUAUUCUCGCUGACUUGGCAAUACCUUUCUGGUACACAUUCACUUACAGUGAGGCAAUUCCAGCAAUAAGACCCGCAUAUUCUACACACGUGCUAUUGGCCUGCUAUGUAUUUCUACCACUGACAGAAAAUCUUCAUGCCUUCAUUCUUGGAGUUACAGCGACCUUGUGCUAUCUAACAAGCCUGUCGUUAAUAACAUAUCGAAAUGAACGAGAUUAUACUGGAAAAAUUAUUACUGACACUAUUUAUUACGCAUGUGUUAAUGGUCUUGGACUUUACUUUAGAUUUAUGAACGAAAUCGUCAUUAGAAAAUCAUUUUUAGAUCGAAGAAAAUGCGUUGAAUCUACAUUGAGAUUAAACUAUGAAAAAGAUCAAGAAGAACAACUUACCAGAAGUAUUCUACCCCAACAUUUUGCAGCGAAAAUCAAGAAAGAUUUUCGAGACAUUUUUAAAUUUAUUGAAGAACAUAAGAAACCGCCGCCUAAAGGUCAUCGACGCAAUGAUUUAUAUGUAGAAACACACAACAACGUUAGUAUUUUAUAUGCUGACGUUGUGAAUUUUUCGGGUUUAACAGUAACUUUACCCGUUAAAAAGCUCGUUGAAACUCUUAACGAUCUUUUCGGCAGUUUCGACGAAGCCUCGGAACGUCAUAAUGUGUUGAGAAUUAAAUUUCUUGGUGACUGUUAUUAUUGUGUAAGUGGAGUUCCCACACCGAAUGCUCAUCAUGCGAAAAGUUGUGUUGAUCUUGGUCUAGAUAUGAUUAAAAUAAUAAAAGAUGUCCGUGGGAGAGUACGAAGAGAGAGUGGAGUUGAUAUUAAUAUGAGAAUAGGUGUUCACUCUGGAAAAAUAAUAUCAGGAAUUUUAGGAGCUAACAAAUGGCAGUAUGAUGUGUGGUCUAAAGACGUCGUGAUAGCCAAUAAAAUGGAACAAACAGGACAACCAGGAAAAGUACAUGUCACUCAACAGACAUUGAAUCUUCUUGAUGCUACGCAGUAUCACUGUGUUCCUGUUGAAAAUCUUACUGACGAAACUCUUAAAAAAUACGAUAUUAAAAGUUAUUUGAUCACCCCGAUUAUAACGGAAUCAACAACUCAACAGCGAGGCUUGUUGCAGAACAGCGAAAAAAUCUUUGCACUUCCAACGCCAAGUACACCACCGCCGCAGAAUAAACACUAUGUCCGGUGGUACAGUGGAAGGCCAAGUACAAAUGUCGGAGCAUCGCGAAGUUCAAGAAAAUUAACUUCGACUCUGAACAACCAUGCUGAUGUAUUUGCUGGAACAUUUAGACGGCGAACGCACUUUAUGGAUUCGUGUUUGAAAGAUUAUCAUCUAAUGUUGAAAGCUGCAGAUGCAGAAAUGGAAAAUGCAAUAAAACAGAUGCCUCUCAAUAAGUGGGAGCAAUGGUCCAAGUGGGAGUCAAUAAAUCCAAUCUUUCUGACAUUCUCACAUCUUAAUUGGGAAAUUCCAUUUCUUCGUGAACCUGAUCCAUUAUUUAAAUUUUUUGUCGGAUGCGCAGUAAUUGUACUGCUACUUAUGGGAUUUAUGCUUUUGGUACCCGCAAUAAAGUUAUCUGAGUGGCAUCAAAAUACAACUCUUGGAUAUAUUCUCGUUAUGCUAUUUCUUAUCGCUCUUCUACCGUUUACGUGGACUCAUUUCAUAUGGAAUCGAUAUCAAGAUCCUCAUGAUGAGCAUGAUGGUCAUAUUCCUCAACCUAGAAAUAAACUGAUCCAUUUUAUGUAUCAAUCAAGUAUUAAAGUUGUUUGGAGUGCUGUUCUUAGAACUGUUCUGUACCUUGUUAUUACAAUAAUGCUUGCAAUUUGUGCCAUGUUUGAUAUGCUGUUUGAAUGUAAAAAUGAUGAUCAAUCUGCAGAAAAUAAUACAACAUCUAGUAUUACUGUAAAUUACACUGCUGAAUCUGAAUGCAAUUCUUCACCCUGGCACUUGUCCGAAACCUGUUCAUUGGCAAUUCUUACCAGUUUUCUUUUUCUACGAGUCCAUUUUUUCCUAAAACUUAUCAUUGGGUUUGGAAUUGUUGGUUUUUACACUUGGAAUAUAACAGAGUAUCGCUCAAGCAUUUUCCAAACUGGUGAAACUUGGCAUCCAUAUUUAGAACCCAGAUACGCACAUAUUCUUAAUGUCGCAUUUCUUACUUUUUCUCUCCAUUUAAUAGAUCGUCAGGCUGAAUAUUUAAGUCGUUUAGACUACCAAUGGAAACGUCAAUUAACUCAAGAACAAGACGAAGCUUUUCAUACGAGAAAUGCUAAUAAAUUAUUACUUCGUAAUAUUUUACCGGAACAUGUUGCAGAUUUUUAUUUAAACAUGAACAGAUCUGAUGAAAAUGAAUUGUAUCACGAGUCGCACGAUUUAGUCGCCGUUAUGUUUGCGUCCUUGACAAAUUUAUCAAUUGACGAGAGUAAUAUUCUGAUAGAUCUCAAUGAAAUAAUAUGUGAAUUUGAUAAAUUGUUAUUUGAGCCUAGGUUCAUAUGUCGCAUAGAGAAAAUAAAAAUAGCCGGCACGACGUACAUGGCAGCAUGUGGUUUAGAAGCCCAAAGACGUGAUUCAAUGGAAAGUAAUAAUGAAUAUGGUGACACUUAUGUAGUAAAAGUAAUGGCGGAAUUCGCUGUGAGAAUGUUAGAAAUUUUAGAUCGACUUAAUUCUAAUACGUUCUCUAAAAGUACAAAACCUUAUAAAUUACGUAUUGGAAUAUCACACGGAGAAGUUACUGCUGGUGUAGUCGGAGCACAAAAACCACUGUAUGAUAUUUGGGGCGAUGCUGUUAACAUGGCGUCGCGAAUGGACACUACAGGUGUUCCUGGUAAAAUUCAAGUCACCAUGGAAACAAAAAAUGUUCUUGAACAAAAUGGAAUAAAAUGUUAUUUGCGCGGUGAAACCUGGGUUAAACCCAAAGGACUUGUCACAACAUAUUUUGUUGGUGUUGAUAAAAAUAGGCGACUCAUAAAUACAGAUAUUCUCGAGGAAACGAAUCUCUGAUCUUUGAUAAAUAAAUUAUUAUAUUUUUUAAAUUUUUUAUAACUUUAAUAAUAAUGGGACUAACAGAAAAAGAUAAAUAUUAAUAAUGUUCAGUUAACCAAAGAAUAGAAAAUUAUAUUUAUUUAUAUAUUUUUUAGAGCAUACAAACUUCGAGAGAUUUCAUAAGUGUAUAGUAUGAUAAUUUAGUUAAAACUUUUAAGUUAGACUUGACAAUUACUGUAAAAUUAUUAUUUAAGUAAACUAAUAUAGUUACGCUAAUUUAUUAAUCGUAAAUAUUUUUUCUUAUAAAUUUUUACAAGACAUAUCAAUCAAUAUCCGAUAAGUCAUUAACAUAAUUAUCCAAUUAAAACAAUUAUUAUCCCUGAUUAAAAACUACGAUUUUUCAAUCAGAUUCAUUCAAAAAAUAAUAAGUUUUUUUUUCACCGAUUGAUCUUCCAAUGUCUGAUAAAAUUUGAUAAAAAAGUAAAAGAUGUAUUAUUUAAAUCCAACACAAUUGUCACUAAAUGCUUGCAUGCUUAUUUAUAGACAAAACAAAUAAUACAGUUAAUUUUCAAACUGAAUUGGAAUAGUGGAAUCCAUUAUUACUUUUCUUUACACUAAAAUUAUCGGUUGUAUAUAAUAUAUUAUGUAUGUAUUAUAAACUAUAAUGUAUAAUAGUUAAAAAUAAUGUUUUAAGUGUUUUGAUAUUUUAUUUGUAAAUAUUUAUGUAUAUUUUCGAUAUCUUUAAAAAUAAAUAAAAGUUAAAUUUAUU